AUGUCCACCCAGGCUGUCGCUGACAUCGGCCUGAUCGGCCUUGCCGUCAUGGGCCAGAACCUGAUUCUGAACAUGAACGACAAGGGCUACACGGUCUGCGCCUACAACCGUACCACGUCCAAGGUCGACGACUUCCUCAACAACGAGGCCAAGGGCACCAACGUCGUCGGUGCCCACUCGGUCGAGGAGUUUGUUGCCAAGCUCAAGCGCCCGCGCAAGAUGAUCAUCCUCGUCAAGGCCGGUGCCGCCGUCGACGCCUUCAUCGAGCAGCUCGUCCCGCACCUCGAGAAGGGCGACAUCAUCAUUGACGGCGGCAACUCGCACUACCCCGACUCGAUCCGCCGCACCAAGGAGCUCGAGGCCAAGGGCCUCCUCUUUGUCGGCUCGGGCGUCUCGGGCGGUGAGGAGGGUGCCCGCCACGGCCCCUCGAUCAUGCCCGGUGGUUCCGAGGCCGCCUGGCCCGCCAUCAAGGAGAUCUUCCAGAAGACGGCGGCCCAGAGCGACGGCGAGCCCUGCUGCGACUGGGUCGGCGGCACCGGUGCCGGCCACUACGUCAAGAUGGUCCACAACGGCAUCGAGUACGGUGACAUGCAGCUCAUCUGCGAGGCCUACGACAUCCUCAAGCAGGGCCUCGGCCUCAAGGAGACCGAGAUCGGCGACAUCUUUGCCGAGUGGAACAACGGCGUCCUCGACUCGUUCCUCAUCGAUAUCACGAAGGACAUCCUCAAGUUCAAUGACGAGCAGGGCGUCCCGCUGGUCACCAAGAUCCUCGACUCGGCCGGCCAGAAGGGUACCGGCAAGUGGACCGCCAUCAACGCCCUCGACCUGGGCCAGCCCCUCACCCUGAUUGGCGAGGCCGUCUUUGCCCGCUGCCUGUCGUCGCUCAAGGGCGAGCGUACCCGCGCCUCGCAGAUCCUCAGCGGCCCGCAGAUCAAGCCGUUCGAGGGCGACAAGAAGCAGUUCAUCGCCGACCUCGAGCAGGCGCUCUACGCCUCCAAGAUUGUCUCGUACGCCCAGGGCUUCAUGCUGAUGCGCGAGGCGGCCAAGGAGUACGACUGGAAGCUCAACAACCCCUCGAUCGCCCUCAUGUGGCGCGGAGGUUGCAUCAUCCGCUCCGUCUUCCUCAAGGACAUUACGGCGGCGUUCCGCAAGAACCCCGAGCUUGAGAACCUGCUGUUCGACGACUUCUUCAACAAGGCCAUCCACAACGCUCAGGAGGGCUGGAGGCGAGUCGUGGCCCAGGCCAUCCUCUGGGGCAUCCCCACGCCGGCCUUCUCGUCGGCGCUCGCCUUCUUUGACGGCUACCGCCGCGAGACGGUCCCUGCCAACCUCCUCCAGGCGCAGCGUGACUUCUUCGGCGCUCACGGCUACCAGCUCCUGCCGCAGUACGCCACCGACAAGCAGCCCGCCGGCACGUGGCACCACACCAACUGGACUGGCCGCGGCGGCAACGUCGGUGCCUCGAACUACGACGCCUAA